AUGAAGAUCUUAUCCAGAAUACCGUCAUGUACAUACUCCCAGAGCCAUACUCCUAAGGCUAGAACGGUUAAGGAUGUUCUUUCACAACUCCCAUCACGAACUGUGUUGACAGAAAAUUCCAUCACUUCAAUUCCAUCAUCUUUGAAACUAAAAUACGAUCUCAUAAAUGGUAUUGAUACCCAACCAUUUACCGUACUCGAAACAUUAUUCAAGAUAAGUAACCGACCUGAUUGGAGACAACACCUUAAACCUCAAGAAAUGACAUACUUCCUUGGAAAGUUAAUAACGUUUCAAAUUUCCCAAAUGGUUUAUUAUACCUAUUCUCGAACAUUUGAAUCACCAUCGAUAAAUAAGAUCUAUAAUUCGGCCAGGUUCGUCAAAUCAAGCAUAAGGACGAUUUAUGGGAAUAUAAUCAACCUCAAAUCCAUCUAUGGCAACCAGAGCCGAAUCAAUCAAAAAGUACAUGAAUUGUCUAUCAAAGACUAUGAGAAUUUAAUAGUACUAGAAUACGGGAAUAAUAAGUUGGACUUAGUAGAUAAAUGGUUACAUAGGUUUGAGACGGUGUACGGCAAAGAGAAAUUGACGUUGGAGAUGUGGGACAUCAAGCUUAAAAUGAACGGGGGUGAUCCAAGAUAUUGGAAUGAUUACAAGGAUAAAAAAUCAAUGAAAAGAGACCAUAAAGUUUCAAGGUCCUAUUAUAAGUUAAGAUCAUAUCAAGAGAUUAUUAAUGAGUACGUCCAUAGUGGUGGUCAGAUCCAAAAAUUGUUACAACCAUUGAUUUAUUGUUGUGGUUUUCAUAAUGAUACUUCUAAGAUCCUUAACAUCGCCAACAACUAUAAGAUGGAUUCCCAGAUUAACAAGGCCAUAAUAAUAUCCCUUGCAUACAACAAUAAGUUCAAACAAAUUCAACAAAUCUUGAAACCUACCACUUCAGAAUUUACCAGUUCUGAUUGGUCUCAAGUGUUUAAGUAUGUUGAAAGACAUAGUAGAGUCAAUACUUCGAGUCUCUUGGACUCCUAUAUACAGCAAAAUCCCUUAAUCAAAGAUUAUGAGGAUUUAAAAACUAGACCUGAGUUUCAACAUUAUCAAGCUACUUAUGCUACUCAAAAAUAUUACCGUGAAUCAAUGUUUAAGAUCCUUUUGACUCAAUACUUGUCCACUGGAGAGUAUUCCCUUGGAGUUUACAGACAUAUCCGUAAGUUUUUAAAGUAUAAUGGGACAUCAUCUCAAUACAAUCAAGUGCUCACCAAUAUUUUAACUCACAUCCAAAAGAGAUCCAAAUCUUUUGAUAGAAAACAAUUACAUUCCAAUGGUUUAAAUGUCAACUUAUAUGAUAACAUAUUGAACGACUGGAUCAAUCAAAUUGAACAUAAAUCGAUUCUUAUUAAGAAUUGGGCAUUGGACAGUUCUCAUGAAAGAAGGUUAAUGGAGACAUUCAAGGAAGAAGAAGAGAAGGAUACCUUUUUAGAUUUAUUCUAG